AUGCAUGAACAACCAGUGGUCGUCCUUAACGCAGUUGGACAACCAAUUGGUCCUACAAAAAAAAUUAUCAAUGAAUACAGUCGAUUUCUAGGGACUGUGGCUUGGAAUCCUGAGUAUGCACCGCUGAAUUAUUGUGAAUGGCCAAGCUUACCCACACACGACAAAAUGUGGAUGUAUGUCCAAGAGAAGUAUGUGGUACACGAUGCUGGCAAAACAUGGGUGUUGACCACUAUGAAUGCCAUGUGGAAAGAUUGGAAAUGUAGGUGUAAGAGAUUAUACUACUACAAAUAUAACACUUAUGCUGAAAGAUGGAAUAAGCGUCCACCAAUAAUUCCAGAUUACCAAUUCAAACUACUUAUAAAGUAUUGGGAUGCUGAGGAAGUUAAAAAUGAAAGUGAGAAGAAUAAAUCUAAUCGACAAGUGGCGGAUGACUUUCACACUAUGGGUCCUACAUCCUAUGCAACGUUGCAUGAAGAAUUGAAACAACAAGAUCCAAAUAAGGAAGAACCUUCAAAUGCAAAAGUCUACAUCACUUCUCGAAAAAGAAAGCUAGGAAAGUCAUACAAAACAAGCUUCGAUUGUAUUUUUGACUUGAUUUGCAUACACUGUGAAGUGAUAAAGAAACCAGAGCAUAGUGGACGUGUGCGAAUGUAUGGAAAAGGUGUGACAAAAACUUCUCUAAGGAAAGUGAGCACUAACUCGAGCUACAUAUUUCCUCCCGAGUUCUUACAGAACAUGCAAUCGCAAGUUAUGGAUCAAGUACUUGAAGCUAAUCCCCAACUACAGAAACUACUUGAAGCCAAUCUUGAGGUCAAUAGUGUGCUUCCAGAUCUAUGA